UUUUUAUUUUAUUAUUAUUUUAAUUUAGAAUAUGACAGAUAAAAAGCCAAAUAUUUACGAAGAGUCUACUCAGUAUCAACAUUGGCGGUUUAGUCCAGCACAAUUAUGGGAAAUUAGAAACAAGAAUACAGAAAAUGCCAUUAAUCGUCUUAAAAAACAUAAUCAGUUGGAAACAACUAUGGAUAAUUCAGAUGCAAAUAAUAUAAAAGAAUAUCUUACAGCUGCUGAAGAACUAAAAUUGUGUCGUUUCUAUGAAAUGCAAUUGCAAAUUAUGAGCAAACACUGUAAAUUUAAUGACAUGGUGAUGGCAACAGCUGUUAUUUAUAUGAAACGUUUCUUUUUAUAUAAUUCGACUAUGGACUAUCAUCCAAAGGAUAUUUUUUUAACAUGUCUUUUUCUUGCUACGAAAUCAGAAAGUGAACGCAUUUCAAUUGAAAAUUUUGGUAAACAGCUAAGACUACCUUCAACAAAAAAUGUUCUUGGAUUAGAAUUUAUAGUAUCUCAAGGACUUAAGUUUCAAUAUUAUGUCCAUCAUCCAUAUAGACCUGCCUAUGGAUUCUUCUUAGAUAUGCAGGUAAUAUAUUCAUAAAGAUAUGAUAUAUUAAAAAAAAACUGAUUUUAUAUCCUAUAGACAGGUCCUAUAGACAUUAAA